AUGGCAUACACGACGUCAUAUGACGGUUCAAACUCUGGGUUCCAAGUUGGGCAAAACCUUGGUCAUAUCACUCGUCAGUUCCUACAACCGGAAAGAUCAUUGAAUCAGGAGUGCCUGCGGGAUCUGCGGACGACCGAUCCUCACUAUGACAAAGACCGUAUUCAGAACACCAAUGGAGGGCUGCUCAAAGACUCAUACUGCUGGAUUCUAGACAACAAGGAGUUUCAACAAUGGCAAAACGACCAGAGCAACUGUCUCCUCUGGAUCAGAGGUGAUCCGGGUAAAGGAAAGACAAUGCUGCUGUGCGGUAUCAUCGAUGAAUUAAUGCGAUUAUUUGGGGACACUGCGAAUAUCUCUUUCUUUUUUUGCCAAGCUACCGACGUACGCAUCAAUAAUGCCACGGCUGUUCUCCGUGGCUUGAUAUAUUCGCUUGUCGAGAAGCAGGUAUCUCUUCUCUCCUAUGUGCAGAGACUGUAUGAUAAAGCGGGAAAAGCAUUGUUCGAGGAUACAAACGCAUGGAAUGCCCUCUCGAGGAUCUUCACGGAUAUUCUGAAAGACCAGACCUUACAGAGCACCUAUUUGAUUAUCGACGCGCUAGACGAAUGCACGUCAGGCCUACCUUCCCUUCUCGACUUGAUUACUCAGACAUCGUCUGCUUACCCACAGGUCAAGUGGAUUGUCUCGAGCCGCAACUGGCCUGAAAUUGAAGAGCGUCUUGACACUACCCAGACCGCUCCGAUCUCAUUAGAGCUAAAUGAGGCGUCUGUAUCUGAAGCUGUGAGCAAAUUCAUUCAACAUAAGGUUCACUAUCUGGCGAAAGUUAAAAAGUAUAGCGAAGAAACUCGUGAUACGAUCUACUGUCAUUUGUCAUCUAACUCGCAAGGCACUUUCCUUUGGGUAGCCUUGGUCUGUCAACAUCUUGAUAGAACAUCGCGGAGACACGCUCUUAAGAAGCUGGAGGCGUUUCCUCCUGGACUGGAUGCGUUGUACAGUCGGAUGAUCGAUCAAGUUCGCAACUCGGAUGAUGCCGAGACCUGUAAACGAAUACUGGCUGUUAUGUCUAUAGUGUAUCGGCCGAUCGCGUUUGACGAACUUGCCUCUCUUAUUGACCUACCUGAUGACCUCUCUGAUGACUCUGAAGCCCUAUCAGAGGUUAUCGGGGUUUGUGGCUCGUUUCUGACUGUGCGCGAAGACACUAUCAUUUUCGUCCAUCAAUCUGCAAAGGAAUUUCUACUCAAAGAAAGGCAAAACGUGGUUUUCCCUAGAGGUAUAGAAGCUGAACACCAUACAGUUUUCUCCCGUUCUCUUCAAGCCAUGUCUAAGACACUUCGGCGCGAUAUCUUUCAACUGAGGUUGCCUGGAUUCCCGAUUGAGAAAGUCAAAUCACCCAGUCCUAAUCCAUUGGCGGCUGCAGAGAUCUGGGAUCCGGCCACCGGCCAGUGCGCGUCAAUCCUCGAGGGGCAUGGCGAUUCGGUCAACUCGAUUGCCUGGUCGCAAGAUGGGAGGCGUCUCGCAUCAGGGUCAGAUGAUAACACCGUCAGGAUCUGGGAUCCGGCCACCGGCCAGUGCGCGUCAAUCCUCGAGGGGCAUGGCGAUUCGGUCAACUCGAUUGCCUGGUCGCAAGAUGGGAGGCGUCUCGCAUCAGGGUCAGAUGAUAACACCGUCAGGAUCUGGGAUCCGGCCACCGGCCAGUGCGUGUCAACCCUCGGGGGGCAUAGCGAGUCGGUCCUCUCGAUUACCUGGUCGCAAGAUGGAAGCCGACUCGCAUCAGGGUCAGGUGAUAACACAGUCAGGAUCUGGGAUCCGGCCACCGGCCAGUGCGCGUCAAGCCUCGAGGGGCAUGGCAAUUCGGUCCUCUCGAUUACCUGGUCGCAAGAUGGAAGCCGACUCGCAUCAGGGUCAGGUGAUAACACCGUCAGGAUCUGGGAUCCGGCCACCGGCCAGUACGCGUCAAUCCUCGAGGGGCAUAGUAAUAGGGUCCUCUCGAUUGCCUGGUCACAAGAUGGAAACCGACUCGCAUCAGGGUCCGAUGAUAAGACCGUCAGGAUCUGGGAUCCGGCCACCGGCCAGUGCGUGUCAACCCUCAAGGGGCAUAGCGAGUCGGUCAGGUCGAUUACCUGGCUGCAAGAUGGAAGACUCGCAUCAGGGUCCUAUGAUAAUACCGUAAGGAUCUGGGAUCCGGCCACCGGUCAGUGCGCGUCAACUCUCGAGGGGCAUAAUGAGACGGUCUACUCGAUUGCCUGGUCGCAAGAUGGAAGCCAACUCGCAUCAGGGUCAGGUGAUAACACCGUCAGGAUCUGGGAUCCGGCCACCGGUCAGUGCGCGUUAACCCUCGAGGGGCAUAGCGGUUUAGUCCUCUCGAUUGCCUGGUCGCAAGAUGGAAGCCGACUCGCAUCAGGGUCCUAUGAUAAUACCAUAAGGAUCUGGGAUCCGGCCACCGGCCAGUGCACGUCAAUCCUCGAGGGGCAUGGCGAUUCGGUCAACUCGAUUGCCUGGUCGCAAGAUGGGAGGCGUCUCGCAUCAGGGUCAGAUGAUAACACCGUCAGGAUCUGGGAUCCGGCCACCGGCCAGUGCGCGUCAAUCCUCGAGGGGCAUGGCGAUUUGGUCAACUCGAUUGCCUGGUCGCAAGAUGGGAGGCGUCUCGCAUCAGGGUCAGAUGAUAACACCGUCAGGAUCUGGGAUCCGGCCACCGGCCAGUACGCGUCAAUCCUCGAGGGGCAUAGUAAUAGGGUCCUCUCGAUCACCUGGUCGCAAGAUGGAAGCCGACUCGCAUCAGGGUCAGGUGAUAACACAAUGGCCGAAGCGGCUGAAUGUAGUGAGCGUUCAAUAAUCAACCUGCGCAACAACCUUCACCAAUUUGGGAAUAUCCGAGCGCCUCCUACACGUGUUGGACGACGACGAAGCAUCACCCCUCUAAUGCUAGAGGCCAUAUGUGAUCAUCUUCUUGAGGAAUCUGGGCUAUAUGUAGAUGAGAUGGCGCUCUUUCUAUGGGAUGGAUUCCAUAUUCAAGUAACGAAAUCAAGUCUUAAGCGGGCUCUUGCGUCUGUCGGCUGGUCGAAAAAGGUGGCGCGACAAAGAGCAAAGGAACAAAACGCCGAUUUGCGAGAUUUCUACCUACACAACCUAUCGGACUUCCGAUUCUAUCACCUGGUCUAUGUGGACGAGUCCGGAUGCGAUAAACGGAUUGGUUUUAGACGGACCUUUGCAGGUUUCCAAAUUCCAUCGUGA